UUGAUUUAUCUUCAUCACCAAACUAGACAUUGAAAUCAAAACUACCCAUCAAAAGCUUUCAAGAUGCAGGCAGCUUUGUGCUUGGCACCUCAAGUCCUCCCCUUCACACCAGCCAAAGUCCUCUCAGUCCCAAAGCCGCUAGCCACCUCUCUUUCUUCUCGGUUUGCUCCCAUUAAGGCUGCUUCUGUGGCUUCUGAGGCCACCUCCGUCGAUUACAGCUCUUCUUUCUCUGUGUUCCCAGCUGAAGCUUGUGAAACCAUCGGCGGAGACACCUGUCUUGCAGAGAUGUACCCUGAGGUGAAGCCCAGACAGCAGGCUACAGACAACAUGGCCAAGAUUGCCGCGGACCUCGUCGACAGAGAGUAUUUAGAGUACAAUGAUCCAAAGACUGUACUUCCAGGAGAUGCUUGCGACGUUCUUGGAGGAGAAUUCUGUGAGCGCACCUACCAGAAGGGGGUCUACUAGAAGUAGAACAAAGCCAUUGUUCCAGAACAAGAUACUAGAGCCUUUAUUUUUGUGUAUAGCACUUUGUAUUUUGCUGUAAUAGUUCCCACAUAUAAAGAAGCUUUGUUUACAGA